AUGUCCGAACGCGGCUCCUUCAGAGGCGGCCAGUCUCGCGGCCGUGGCUCUGGCGGAGGCAGAGGAGGAGGGGGAGGAGGCGACGGCGGUCGUGGAGGCCGCCACCAUCAAGGACAGGGCCAGCACCAGGGACAGCACCGAGGAGGGCAUCAGGCUCAGGGACAGGGCCAGCAGCAGGAGAAGCCCAAGAAAGAAAAUAUCCUCGACCUGACAAAGUACAUGGAUAAAGAGGUUCAUGUCAAGUUCAACGGAGGCAGAGAAGUUACUGGCGUGCUAAAGGGAUACGAUCAACUGAUGAACUUGGUGCUGGAUGACGUUAAAGAGACUAUGCGUGAUGAUAAUGACAAUGUAACGACGCGAUCACUCGGGUUGAUUGUGGCGAGGGGGACGCUGUUGGUUCUGCUCUCGCCGGCUGAUGGGAGUGAAGAGAUUGCCAACCCCUUCGUGCAGCAGGAGGAUGAGUAG